AUGCCUCUUGUCGCUCAGAACCCAAAGCAUCGCGUCAUCCUGGGUCUAAUGACCUUUGGGCCCCCUGGCAGCGAGGAGCUCGACGCACGUAUCUGUGACUCAGAAACAUUUACCAAGGCCCUCGAUGUCUUUCAGGGUCGAGGAUACAGCGAAAUCGACACGGCACGCGUCUAUGUCGGUGGUAAGCAGGAGGCCUGGACUCGCCAGGUUGGUUGGCAGGAGAGGGGUUUCACUCUGGCCACCAAGGUCAAGUAUCCCAGGGAUCCAGGCGACAAUACGGCCGAAAAGGUCGUCGAAUCGGUCGAGACCAGUCUGACGGAGCUCGGAACCGACUGCAUCGAUUUGCUCUACCUCCACCGUCCUGAUCGUGGCAUCCCCUUUGCAGAGACGCUGGAGGCCAUCGAUAAGCUCCACAAGGCAGGCAAGUUUGUUCGAUUCGGCAUCAGCAACUUUGCGGCGCAUGAAGUUGCAGAGGUUGUCAUGACCUGCAAGUACAACGGCUGGGUGCGGCCCACGGUGUACCAGGGCAUGUACAACUGCGUCACCCGUUCCAUCGAGUCAGAACUCUUUGUCGCAUGCAAACGGUACGGACUCGACAUUGUCGUGUACAACCCCAUCGCCGGCGGCUUGCUUUCUGGCAAGAUUAAGUCACGGGACAUCGCGCCUGACAGCGGCCGCUUCUCAGACAACUCUAGGAUUGGCAAGAUGUAUCGCGACCGCUACUUUAGAGAGAGCACUUUCAAGGCGCUGAGUGUUAUUGAGCAGGCUGUGGAGAAGCAUGGGUUGACCAUGAUCGAGACGGCGCUGCGGUGGAUGGUGCACCACUCCAAGCUUCGCAUCACCAACGGCAACGAUGGAAUCAUCAUUGGCAUCUCCAGCGUGGACCAGCUGGAGAACAACCUCGACAACCUGGAGAAGGGGCCGCUCCCCGACGAGGUGGUGCAGGCACUUGACCAGGCAUGGGAGUUUUCCAAGGCAGAUACGCCCAACUACUGGCACGGGGAGUUGGAAUACGGAUAUAAUGUCCACGAGGCUCUCUUUGGUGCUGGAGCCAAAUAA